UAAGGGUGUCCUCACCUUCAUCCCCUGUGACCCAUGGCACGCUGGGUCCCGGGCCCGCUCCUGGGAGGGGGGAUCUGGGUGCGGUAUCUCUGUAAGGUCUGUGCUCGAGUGGCCUCACCUCAGGUGAAAGAGGGGGGGAUGCGUCUCCUUGAGCUGCACCCUGAAUGCGCAGGUAUGCGUGUGCACACAUGCACACAUAGCCGUGUGUGCACAAAUGCACACAUACAUAUCCGUGUGCACACAUAUCCAUGCAUACCUAGGCUUGUAUCUUCACACACACUCACACGCAUCCAGGAAUAUGUAGACACACAGCCACGUACAUGACCAUGCAUUCACAGAAGCAUCUGUGUGUCAGCGAUGCACACACACACAUAUUCGUGUACCUGCAAGCACCAUGUGUGCACACCUACCCACACACGCAUGCACAGGUCACACGCGCUAUGCUCAUACAUGUAUGUGUGCGCACACACAUCCACACACGUCCAGUCACACAUACUGUGUGCUCACAUGUAGGAAUUUGUGUGCACAUACAAGCAUCCAGCACACAGGCGUGCCUGUCCACAUGUGCGCACACGUUCCUGCACACACCCACCCAUGCGCUGGCACACGUGUGCACACCCACACACGCACACGUGCCUGUGGCCUCGCUCACCCUCCCAGCUGCAGGCUGUAUCUCUGGUGCCCCAGCGCGGGCAGCUCUUCCAGGCGUCGGGCUGGCUUCCACCUCGCCUCCUCGGCCUCUGCGGGAGCCCUUUUGUCCCUGCCUGCCGUGGACUUGGGGCUCCGUCACAGGCCCUUCUCCAGGCUGGCAGCUCUGCCCCUCUAUCCUGCGCGCUCUCCUCUUCCUCCAAAACAUGAGGCUUGAGAUUCCUCCCCGGGAGGCCUGCCUGCUUUCCCCAGCUGGCUGGCGGGGAGCCCGCUUCACUGGGCUCCUGUGUGCCCCUCGGGGCAAACCAUCAUCAGACCUCAUCUCUGCCAUGGGCUCUUGCAGAUGGGCCACAUCUCUGUCCCUCUGCCUGGGGGCAGGCCUCACUCAGCUCGCGGUGGAAGCAUGCAGGAGGAAUGGGUGGUCCGAGGGGCCUGGUGACCUCCAUCCUCCCCAGCCACACUGGAUGCCGGUGGGGUCGCCCGUACGGGUGGCGGUCGGCGGAACACAGCAGCACUUCACCCAGAGCCAGACCCGGCCUCCCCGCCCGGCGGGCCCUUCUUGGCUCCAUUCUGUGGAGGUCCUGGAUUUACGCUCCUGCUUAUCCCCUUACCUUCUGUCUGGCAGCCCGAGAACCUCCUGCCUCCCAUGGCCUCUGUUUUCCCAUCUGUCAAGUGGGGCUAUUGACUGGAUGGUGUAAGGUCCGCGCCAGCUCCUCCCCAGCUGGGCCUCCAGCCCCUGGGAGUUUUGCUGUGUCUGCGGUCUUUGCCCUCAGCUGGUGCCUGCAGGGAGGGGGGAGGGGCCUUGCAUUCCGCUGGCUGGUGCGGGGCCAGGGGUGGGCCAGCCCGGCAUUCCAGUCUCGGACCUCAAGACUUGAUUUGUCCCCAACUGGUCUGAGGAUAUUGUAUCCCCAACUUUACUUGUAAUUUCAUUUUUAAAGCUGAGGCAGGGGGAAAAAGGCAGCUUGCUUCCUCUCCCCGCCUCUCCUCGAAGAAUUCCAGAACCGCUUUGUCUUGUCAGAACGCGGCCGGGAUCUGCAUGCACUAACUCCACUGCGAUAUCGAUCACAGUGAUGGACUUGGCACCGCUGAGCUCCUCCAGGGCUGGCAUGGGGCCCUCUGGGGGAAGAACGGCUUUGGGGACCGUCUUGGACUUGCAGGGAGUGUAAUAGAUUCAGGCUGCGAGUCGGCAUGCUUGUGGAGCGUCUGCUCUGCGCCUCGCUCAGCCCGGGGCCUGCUGGGGCUCAAGCUAACAUCCACCCAUCACACGGGGGCCUGCUCAGGGCUCCCCUCUGCCCGCCGCUCCGGGCUGACCGGUCCUCUGUCCCGGGCCUUGCUGCUGCCCAGACGCCAGAGCCUGGCGAUCGGGGCCCUCCGUGGCCUGGCCUUGAUCUGGACUCUGGGCUUGAGCUGACCAGGCAUCGCCUUGUGAACAUCCCUGUCUGAGCCCGUGAAUGGGGACUAUGGAGCCCCCCACCCCCCGCAGCAGGCGAGCAGGUUCUCCGGAAAGAUGCACACAGAGCUCUCAGCCCUGGGUGCCCGGGCAGCGCCUGUCUCUGCUGGUGUUCCCUGGGCCUGGAGCACCCGCCCCCGCCUGUCACCCACCUGGGCAGGUGGGAGGCACAGCGCCACGCCCCCUCAGCACUGGGGUGGGGGGGCUCCUCCUCGGAGUCCCCCACAGGGUCCCUGGCCCACGGCAGCCACAGGGCCCCUUGGCAGCUCCGGGGGUCAUGUCCUUGGUAAGCGUCACCUGCAGCUUCCCCUCCGGCCCCUCCUGUUCUUCAGCUCCUGCCCGUCAGCGCUCACGAGCCGCCACCCUUCGGCCAGGUCCUGUCCUGAUCAGCCCCUGGGUGAUGGGCCCCCCUCACCCUCCUCGCAUCCCCCUCACGGCUCCCAAGUCGUUCCUGACUCUUCCUGAUGCCAUG